AUGUCCAAGAUUCUCACUGUUGUCGGUGCUACUGGGGCGCAAGGUGGCUCUGUAGUUGCCACCGCCUUGAAGUCGGGCGACUACAAGGUCCGCGGUAUCACUCGCAAUGUUGAGAGUGCCUCUGCCAAGGCCCUCACUGCGCAGGGCGUCGAUAUGGUGGCUGCGGACACUAACGAUAUGGCAAGCCUUGUUAAAGCAUUUGAGGGUUCUCAUGCCAUCUUCGUUGUCACCGACUUCUUCGCCCCCUUCGCUACCAAAGACGCCGAGGAGACCGUCACUAUUGAGUCUACUCAGGGUAUCAACUGCGCAAAUGCUGCUUCCAAGACCACCACUCUUGAGCACUAUAUCUGGAGCACACUCCCUGACAACCAGAGAAUCUCCAACGGAAAAUGCUCUGUGCCUCACUUUGAAAGCAAGACCAAGGUCGAUGAGUACAUUCGCCAGAACAAGGCAUUGCUGGCUAAGACGACUUUCCUUUUCAUCACCUACUAUGCCACAAAUAUUCUUAUGCCCAUGUUCACACCUACCCUUUUUAAAACCACUGGCAAGCACGUCCAGCUGUUGCCUAUCGCUGAAGACACCCCAAUCACUACCCUUGGUGCGACAGUGAUCAAUACCGGAAUCUACGUUCUUGCCAUUCUUCAACAGCCUCAGCUUACUCUACCUGGUAGAACUGUUCUUGCCGAGACCGAGACACGCACUGCGAAAGAUAUCGUGAAACUCUGGUCUGAGGUCUCUGGACUCCCUGCCGAAUAUGCAUCGAUCUCCCUGGAUCACUACGAUGCCCUGUGGCCCAAGUGGGGCCGUGAAGUUGGACUCAUGCUGCAGUUCUGGGACUACGCUCGCGAGAAAAGCUGGAUUGCAGAGGAUGCGAUUAUCAAGAAGGAGGACUUGGGCAUCACCAACUUGGUUGGUAUGAAAGAAGUCUUUGCUGGAAUCGACUGGACUACCAUUUAA